UUAGUAUUUCGAUAGUACAUUUAAUUGAAAAAGACGUUGAUCAAGAAAAUGCCAGUUAUAAUUAAAGAUUAUUCUUGGCGUCAAACUUCAGAAUUUGUUGUAUUAAAUGUACCUUUAAAAGGAUAUCCAAAGAAGGUUGAUUUAUUUGUAAUAGAUAAUUACAUAAAGGUAUAAAUUCCAAUUUUUUGAAAAUAUAUUAUAUUAAUUAAAUAUAAAGAAAUAAAUAUCAUACAAUGUUUGAUUUAAUAACAGAUCAGUUUUCCACCAUUUAUAUUAGAAUUAUUUCUUUUUGCUAAUAUUGUUGAAAAAGAAAGUAAAUGUAUUUUAACGGAAAAUGAAGCAAUACUUACUUUGCGUAAAACGAAUAUUAACUUGCAAUGGCCUACUUUGGAAAUUCAAGAUAUUAACAAUGACUUUAAACGACAGUGCCGUAUUCAAGCUUUAGAACAUGCUCAAAAGCACGCUGAAGAAAGAACAAAAUUUAAAAAUGAAAAGCGUCAGUAUUUACAAAAAGAAGCGGUAAAAGAACAAAUUAAUAUUAAUACAGACACAUUGAAUGAAAUAGAAACAAUACGAGAUACACAUCGGAAAGAAGCUAUGCAGGAAUUUGAAGAUUGGAGAUCAAAAGCUGAAUUACCAUUUCUUUCUAAUAUUGACAGAAAAGCACAAGAAAAUAGAAAAGCUUAUAAGUACUAUAAUAUAUUAAAAUCUCAAUCAAUUACCGAAAAAGAAAUAUUUAAUAGUACAAGCAUUAUAAAAGAAACUAAUAUAAAGAAUGAUGAACAGAUUUCAAAAAUUCAAUCACUAAAUAAGAAUCAAGAAAGUAAUACUGAAACAGAAAUGAUAGUAAAGGAAGAAGAUAAUAAAAAUGACAUUAGUUGUUCUGAAGAAUCUGAAUCAGAUUAUGAAUCUUCAUCGCAUAGUUCAAUACAAGAAAUGAAUAAAAAUGAUAUAAAAAAAUUAUAUAAUAAAAAACAAAAAAGGCCAGGAUUGGAAACUGUAAAAUCUGUGAUAAGGGGUAAUAUUUUAAAAAGAAAUAAUAUAUUUGAAGAACCUUCAAAAUCGAUACCGUUACCAAGAAAAAUGGGUAUAAUCAAUAUCACAUUUUCGGAACGGAAAUUUCCAACACCAGCUAGAGAAAGUUCUCAUGUCGAAGAACAAGAAUGGUUGCAGAAACAGGCAGAAGCGAGGCGUAAAAUUGGUUUUGAUGCGAAAGAUCUUCGACCAGAAGAACGAGAUCCCCAAUGGUUAAAGGAUAAAGGAGAUGAAUUUUUCAAAGUUGGAAAUUAUUUAGCUGCUAUAAGCGCUUAUACGUAUGGAAUUAAGAUUAGUGAUAAAAUGGCAUCUCUCUAUGUAAAUAGAUCAGCAGCACAAUAUGCAUUAGGCAAUUAUCGUAGAUGUAUAGAAGAUUGUUCUAAAGCAUUAGAAUUAAUGGAACCAAAAUGUGAAAGCAAUAAAGAAUCAAGAGCCAGAUGUCACGCUCGACGAGGUGCAGCACUUUGUAAAUUAUCGGCUCCUCAGCAUGGUAUUCCUGAACUAGAAACUGCUUUGAAAUUAACACCGAAUAAUGAAAGUAUAAAACGUGACGUACUGGUCGCAAAACAAUAUUUCGAUAUAAAAGACUAAUUAUAAGAAGUGCACAAAUUUGUUUAUAAUCCGAACAACAUCCAGCUCCAUCACAACGUUUUAGAACAGUAGAAGCAGGAUAGAAGACUUCGUCAGAAUUAGGACCAACAGUAAGAAGUUCUGCAACUGGUACAGCUCUUGGUUGAGGCAUGGAGCAGCGAAAUUCAUGUACUAAUUGUACAUGAUUCAAAAAUCCAUUAUCCCUGAAAAUCGAAUUGAUUACUUCAAUGAAUAUGUCAAAGUUAUGUGACUAAUAUAUAUACAUAUAUAUAUAUUAUGUAAUAUAAUUUACCUAUGAUAUUUGCCGAUUGAAGCAAAAGUGAAAUGAAUAGAAAAUAACAAUA